GCGGCUCCCGCCUCCUUCCCUCGGCGCCCGCUCCCGUCUCCCUCCCUUUCCGCUGCCGAGGCGGCGGGAGCCGAGCCCCAGCGGACCGAGACGCGGCCGCAGCGGGCGGCGGGUGCAGAGGCGGAGGCGGGGUGGUCAGGCGACAGCGAUGCGGCGGCCGCUCUGAGCCUGCCCGCUCCUGGUGCUGGGGGAACCGGCCGCGCGGGGCGGCAGCAUGCGGGGCGGCGAGGAGCUGGACGGCUUCGAGGGCGAGGCCUCGAGCACCUCCAUGAUCUCGGGCGCCAGCAGCCCGUACCAGCCCACCACCGAACCGGUGAGCCAGCGCCGCGGGCUGGCCGGCUUGCGCUGCGACCUCGACUACCUGCGCGGUCCGUUGGGCCGCCUCAAGGUCGCCCAAGUGAUUUUGGCCCUGAUUGCAUUCAUCUGCAUCGAGACCAUCAUGGAGUGCUCCCCGUGCGAAGGCCUCUACUUUUUUGAGUUCGUAAGCUGCAGUGCAUUUGUGGUGACUGGGGUCCUGCUGAUUCUCUUCAGUCUCAACCUUCAUAUGAGGAUCCCCCAGAUCAACUGGAACCUGACAGAUUUGGUCAACACUGGACUCAGCACUUUCUUUUUCUUUAUUGCCUCAAUUGUACUGGCUGCUUUAAACCACAAAACCGGAGCGGAAAUUGCUGCCGUGAUAUUUGGCUUCUUGGCAACAGCAGCCUAUGCAGUGGGCACAUUCCUGGCUGUGCAGAAACGGAGAAUCAGCCUCCGCCAGCAGAGCACUAAUGACUACAUCCGAGCUCGCACUGAGUCCAGAGAUGUGGACAGUCGCCCCGAGAUCCAGCGCCUGGACACAUGAGACCCUCCAGGAGUCCUCCCUCCGCUGCCCGCACACCCAUUCUUCUAAUCAAGUUUUCUUUCUCUCAGCACGCCAGAUUUUUGUGUGGUCCAGUUGAAUUUUGUCCUGUUUGGUAAAAAUUCACUUUGGGAAAGGGUGCCUAGAGUGACUGAUCUGUGGUGGCCUGAAGAGCCCAGGUCCUCCAGCAUUGGGUGCCUGUGGGGGCAGCCGACUUCAGUGCCUGCUCCAGGGCUGAACUGUCUGUCUCAGAACACACAGUCUCAUCUGACUCUGAGCCGCCCUGCUUUGUGUAUCUGUGACCAGUCUAAACUGAGGUGGCUUUGAGAAGAUAGCGGUACAGGGCUGCAACAGCAGUGAGGUUCUUGGACAACCCCUAGGGAGCUAGGAGUGAGUGUGGAGUCUGGCUGGUUAGAUCCACCUCAUUGUCUUCCAUGCCCAGGGCACCUAGGCAGCCAGCGUGGCUUGGGUGGGACUGAGGGGCUUGGUGAAUAGAUGUGCUCCUGUAACCUCCUUGCCAGGUCUUUAUGUUACAGGGACAGGAAAACCUAGUGCCCUGUGGGACCACUGACUCACAGAACAGUGACCAUUUGUCUCCUACCCUGCUGAGAGAGCACUUGAUUCCUCCUCAAACGAAUCACCUUCCUGUGGGCCAUACUCACUUCCUGGGGUGGAGGCCAUCAUCUCUGCCAGUCCCCUGCCUACCUUCCACAUCUUGAGGCUGAAUUGCGGCAGUUUCUGCACCUUUACCCUCUCAGGUGAAAGCUGCAGAAGAAACCGUACGUCCACCAGCAGUGGCACUGGCUACGGAUCACGCUUGUGUAUGUGGGGCAGGCAGAGUGUGUGUAUGUAUGUGUGUUAAAAAGUGGCACACUCAAAUUCACAUUUCUAUUGUAUGGACAUGUCUAAUUCUCUGAAUAUCCAAGACAAGCUCUAAAGUGAUUCAGAGUCAGUUUAUCUAGGAUUUGAAAAUACUUGAAUCUGCACCAGGACACAUCUUUCCACAGAUGUGCCAUAGGCACUAUUGUCAUUUUGGGUCCUCAUUAUGAACACCAGUCCUGCAACAUGUUAGGAAUUCUAGUUACAUCAGGCUUUUGGAUUGGUUCUUGAUAAACUGAAGAUUAUUUUCGUGGUAAAUGAGUUGAGCAGGCCCCUAUCAUGCUGUAAUUUUGUUGUUGUUGUUAAUUGUUGUUGUUGUUAGAGACUAAUUAUAUCUUUUUGGAAAAUUGUUUUAACAUGUCAGGUUCUCUCUCUGAACUGUUGAUGUUUACAGACCUUAUUGUAGCUCUAAUAUUUUGUGUGUAGCCUCACCGAGAAGACAUGGCUGUUGGAAAGGUAUUGCAAUAGCAGAGAGCCCCCACCAUCUCCUACUGAGACUGUCCAUAGCCUGAGCAGUGUCUUUUGUAGUUCAUAACCCAGAAGCGGGUGGCAAGGCUGGGGGAGGAAAGUCUGAGGAGGUGGGUGCCCCUGUGUGCAUGGCUCUGCAUCAUUCAGGGAAGAGCAGUGAUGUAUGGUUGAGUAGCAAAGAGGAGCUAUUGUCGAAUACCACUGCGGGGCUCCGGAGUCCACAGGAAGUAGGGUCAGGCUGUAUCUGGCUGGGGGCCGGGUUGAGGGGUACUAGAGGUUGACUCCUGAAAGCCAGCAUCCAGUGUAAUUCAGUGCUGCUGGGGUUCCAUGUUGGCAGUAUCCGGGUCACAUGUUCAAAGGAUAGCUAGUCUGGGAUAAUUCCCCUCCCUGCUCCUCUUCUCCUCUAGAAUGCGGCCUGGGUCUGGCCCUUGCCCAGCUCCUGGUAGAGAUUUCUGUCCUUGAAUGUCGUGAGGCUGUCAGUAUACCUUGUGUUGUUGCAACUUUGAACCUGUUGCAUGUUGUGAUACAGAGGGAGUGGAUGACAUCUGGACUUUUAUCUGUUUUACAUGGUUAUUUUGAAUUUGUUGAGUAUGUCUACACAAUCAAAAUCAAAUUCCCUUUAAAAUAGGGUCACAAAGACUUGGCCUAUAUCAGAUGGGCCCCCCUUGGAAGGACCACCCUGAGCUCUAUCAUGUUACUGGGCCUCAGGAAAAAGCCACCUUUGAAGUGAGCUGGAAGAAAGAAGCAUUCAGACUGGAUUGCUGCUCAUUUUCCCAAGUCACUUCAAUAAAACCAUUUUAUCAUGUGCUGAAAGGAGGCCUCUGAGAGUAUUGUCAGCUGAAAGACAUAAUCCCGAGGCCCAGUGAGACCGUGAAUACUGAGAUACGAUAAAAGUGCUACAGUCUUAGGGCCUGAAAGACUUGACUUAGUUGCAUCUUGGUGUCAGAAUUAUCUUUGUAAUUAUUUAUAUCCCAGUAACUAUUUAAUAUCCUUUGUGUUAUGAAGCUUCCCUGUGGCUUUUGUAUAUGUAUUUCCUUGUACUAUUUAACUAGCUCCCAUAGAGCCAGAAGUGGUUUAUACACGUUCUAAUAGCGUGAUGCACAGCCCCACUCCUGUACAGCCAACGUGGUGAGGAGAAGCCAUGAAGGGAAUAUGGUUGCCUACAGGGAAUGCAAGGAUGCCUGUCUUUUUCUUGUCAUGCUUCUAUGCAAACAAAAUAAUCUAGAUCUGGGUUUUUAAAUGAUCUCUGCAAAUUGAAAAAAGCAUAUUUUUGUGUUUAUUAAGUCUAUUACGGACCAGAGUCACUUAGGUUUUGGGCAUUUUAAGUCAACCUUAGCUUAUUUUGUUUCCCUAUGGGAUGACUGACUUUCCCAGUUGGAGCAAAACUUGAAGGGAAAUGCAGUUGUUGGGAGCAUCUGGUGUGGCCAUGGAGAUGUGCGGUUCAAGCCCUCUCACAUUUGGUACUUUGGAUGAAUGUAAACACUGACAUCCUCAGAGAAGGUGUGGCUCUGUAUCUGUUGACUGGGUGGCAUUCACCACUGUUCUCUACCCUUCCUGCAAAAGGCACAGAGGGUAAGCCCUUUUCCUUUAUGAAUGGAGAGCAAGGAAACCCAAGGUACUUACUGCCUCCUAGGAAGGGUGAACACAGUGAUGGAAUGGAUUCUCUUCAGAGAAGUUCCACUUAAAGUGAUUGCCAUGCAGGGCAGAUUGCUUUUGUCUACAGAAAAAGCAAGAAUGCAGAAAGCUGCCCACACCCAGUGCCCAUAUCUUUCUUAGCAAUGUGCUAAAACACCGGAGUGGGUAGAGCCUGGCCACAGGGAAGCCAGCAAGGACCAGCCGUGGUCCUUGUGCAGUGAGCACUUGACCUUGGGGCCCUUUUACAGGUGACUAGAAGGCUCACACCCAUGGGCAGACCUGGUACACCUGGCUCCCACCUGUGCUGGGUGCUUCUGGAGAGAGUUUUGUGGCUCACCUGAAAACUUUUUUUCUCUUUUCAAGUUUCUUCUAUCUUCUUUGAAGGUUUUUCUAGUGGUCCAGGCAGUCUUAGAAGAAAUGAAGGUCUAACUCUCUUGUCCCUGCACGUAUGUGAAUUCUUGCUUGCCUUGAAUGAGCCUCGACUAGUUCUGUGUGUGACACAAACUGUGCUAUGUGAAGAAAGCCCCUUCCCUGUCUAUGAGGUGGCCUGAAGGUCAGAAUCCCUGUGAGUCAGUCUUUGGAGCAUGGAGACUUGUGUCUAAUUUAAUGACCAUGUAGGUGGUUCCUUCUCUGCCAUCUGUGUUCAGAACACAAUAAUUCAUGGUUUGUGUGCUCCUGCCUAACUGCCUUUUUCUCAAGGUGUCACCUGCAUAGCAAUAGUGACAUUAAGCAGGUAGCAGAAGGGAUGGGGUAUACGCUUCCUAGAUAGAGAAUUGUUAACUGGUUCUCAAGCAGGAAAAAAAAAAUGCUUCUAGCAUGUGAAGUUUCCAGGGUUUCUCUCCUAUUUUAUCACACCUACCCCAUAGGGGCCAGCUAGGCAGAGAGUUUGGUGGACACAAGGUUUGCAUCACAGGCCUGGCGGGAGGAGGAGGCUGCAGCGGGAACAGAGACAGCAUAGAUGGCACUUGAUGUGUUCAUACCCCCUGCUGCACUGGAAACACGUCCUUAUGCCUCCUCUUCAGAAGAGUGAGGGCUUGUGCUCCCCGGUGGACUUGAGGCCAAGAGCUGGAUGUUAGAGACCGCCAGCCCCAGUGCUGGCAUCUAGUCUGGGUCUGAGCAGGCGAUAGCUGCCUCAGGUGCGUUCCUGGCAGGACACAGACCUAACGGGCCUGUUCUCUUGACUUUGUUAGCUCUCACCUCCUUAAUCUAUUGUUUUUCUUCUCAGCAGACAUCUUUAAAAGAAAUCAGAUCUGUCUGGUUGAGAAAGUAAUUUGAAAUAUUUGACCUAUCUAUGUUUAUGUAGCCUUUAUCUCUGAAAGAAAAUGCCAUCUGUGUUAGAUCUAGAAUUUUCUUCUGAAAGGGAAUGUUCUCUUGGAUUUCAUGAUAGUCAGUGUAGCUUUGGAUGUAAGUUCUCAGGCUUUGGGAAUUUUUAUUUUCUUUCCAGUUUCUCCUAUUCAAAAAAAAAAAAAUACCUAAGAGGAAAGAGGGUGUGUGGCCGAGGGGCACAAGUCUCUUGUGCUCAAAGCACUAGCCACUCGCCCGGAAUCAAGUUGAGAUUGUAGGCCCUCAAACGGUAUAUUUGUGUCAUUAGUUUACCCUGUCAGCCUUUCUAUUCUGAUACUUCCAGUUCCGGUGAGCCUUUGGUUAAGGGUUAAUGUCACUUGGACUGUGGCAGGUUAGCGGGGCUUGUUUCGUUAUUAAUCAUGGUAAGAACAUGCCUGCAGUCACUUCACUCAGCUUUGUUAAUGGGAUGUAGGGCAUGGCCAAGAGGUUUGUUUGUUUUUCUUUCAUAAUUGUUUCUGAAAAGAGAGAUGCUGCUAAUACCUCAGCAGAAAUUACCUCGCCCCUCCCCCCCCCCCCCCUUUAAUCAGAAAAGCUACCCAAGGAAUGGCCAAGAGAGAGGACAGUGCAGGAGGCUUGUGUUCACUCCAGCCUAAGGCAGGGCCAGGCCUGACUGAUGCCGCCUCCUUCCGCUAACCCUGCUUUGCUUACAGAUUUAGCAAGUUUCACAACUCUUCUUGUGGCAGUGAAGAGGACAACCCUUCUGGGCUUAAAUUGGCUGGGUCAAGGCUGGAGAGGGCAAGAGCAAGGGCUUGCUGUGGCCCAGGCCCAUCUUUCAUUACUAACUCUGUCAUUACCAUUGGAAAAAUCAUUCAGAUCAUGAUGAAAUUGACCCAUUUGCCUAAAAGCAUUGCUUUUUAAUAAGUUGAUUUUGUUUGACAUGGUUCCAGCUGGAAGAAUGCUAGGGAGUGAAGCUGUCUGUGUAUGUUGAAGUUUAAGGACUUUAGGGACUCAUGGCAGAAACACUGAGCUAGUUAUUACAGUCUGCAUUUUUUUAAGUAGGCAGUUCUGUCCUUGUGAAUUUUAUGAUAAAUAAUCACUUCACCUUUGGUGCCUUCCAUGUGUCACAUAAGCACUCUUGUCAAUCAUGGAUUUGGGGGGGGGGGUUACAUUUAGUUAAAACAGAUAACACUAUUUUUGUAGCAUGAUUGUGUCCUUUCAAUAUUGCUUUCCACAAUACCCUAGGUCUUGACAUUUGGGCCAUUUUCGUCUUAAGCUUCCUAUGCAGUUUUCAAAGUCAGACACCUCCAGCAACUCCUGCCCCAUGCACUGUGUUCUCCCCACACUGCACAUUUGCUGAUUAGGCCUGAGAGUCAGAGGACCUUUCUUUAAAAAAGGUCGUGUCCCUGUAAUUCUAUCUGACAUCAUUCGUUUGUUAGACUGGGAGAGCUGCUGCUCACCUGCAGCAAGAGGAAAGUGGUCUCGUUUUUUCAAGUUUUGUCUGUGCCCUGCCUUCCUGCUCACUGAGUCUGACAGAAAGAGCUUGCAUUUGGCUCCUUGCCCUCCCUCCCACCCUAGCCAGUCUCAGGCUGUUCUCUGGCCAAGGGCCACUGCUUCCUAGCAGCAUCUCAGCCUUGCUCUGGGACUCACCCCACUUGGAUUCCAGGUAGGGUUGUGGAGGCCCUGGUGGGUGGCCUGAAUGUAGGUCCCCUGCUGUGACAAGCUGGAUAAAGCCAGGGCACAGCUUAGCCACUUUCUGCUUUCCUGGCCCUGCUCCUUGGAUUGUCUGGUCAGGAAAAGCUCAGCCGUUGUUGAGUAAAGGUACGGAUUCUCUGAGACAUUAACUUGUAGCUCCUUGUCUUUGUCCUUUUGAAGAGUCAAAACGUGGUUCUGCGGGGAAAAGUCAUCAGGUGGCUGAAUGACAGCUUCCUGCCAGGAUGGGCCACUGGCACUUCAUUUAACUAGUGGCACUUUGGGGGACAGUGUUCAUAGUUACUACAUUUUGUUUCUGUAGUCUGGUUUUCUUUGAGACAGGGUCUUGCUAGGUAGUCUUGGCUGGCCUUUAACUUGUAAGUGAUCAUCCUGCCCCUUGUCGUAAACGCUGUGGUACAGGAAUGUGUCACCAUGCACAGCUAAAGCUUGUCUUUUUGGCGGUUUAUAGACAUGGCUGUGGGCAUUCCAACGUGAAGGCUGUUGAACAAACUGAUGUGUGUUGUUUGCAGUACUGAACUUCGCCUCCUGACCCAUUGGACAUGGCCACUGUGGGUGAGCCCCCCAACUCUCGGGUUUCACCCUGUGCUUGAAAUAAGUGAUGUGGGAGCCCCAUGGCGUUUGCUCCCCUUAAUUGCCCCUGACAGCUGACAGAGCCUCACACUGCCCUCAGCCUCCCCACUUUCCUUUGAAGGACCAAUUUUUCAUGGUACUUGUCUUGAUUGUUUUCAUAGUGUUCAAAUCUGUAUUUUUGUAUGUAGAGGGAAAUAAUUUUCGACACUAAUCACUAAUGAAUAUUGUCAUGAAGGAGUUCUUGUUUAAUAAAUGGACACAUAAAAUGUUUUAGUCUCUCCUUUCUCCUCACUCCUGCAAACAAAUUUGCUCUGUAGAGGUGACAGAGCCACAGUCAACAGGCUGUAACCAGUUUGCCAGGCUCCAGGGCAUUGCACAGCCUGGCUCUGCGUCUGGCUGUCCACGUGUUUUAGUGUGCAUUUCCAGUGAUGGUGCGCAGAAGGCUUUGCCGCUCCCCGGGUACUUGGGCUUGAGUGGUGACUGGGUUCCUCAUAGCAGCUGCUCUGAGCUCCCUGCUCAAGACCCAGGUUUUGGUUGUUGGAGGACACACCAUCCUAGCCAGGCUGCCUGCUCACCCUUCACUGCCUUGACUAAGAUUGAGUAGAAGGCAGUGGUGGUCAGAUGCUGCUGCCCAGCAGAGAUGAAUACUGCCGCACCGCUGCUGGCGGCCACCAGGACCCACCGUGGCCAUUGAAAUGGGCAGUUAUUGCAGGCGGCGGGUGCGUUUCUCAGUCGGGCACACUCUGAGCAGGUAGGCACUUUGUUUUUAAUCCAUUGUGGCAUUCUUUUAGGGAGGGGAUUUACAUGCAAGGUAGGAAGAAGGUUACAAACAGCUUAAGACAUGGGCCCGGAGCUCUGGCUCAUUCAUGGGGCCUCUCAGGCCACAGAAAUGCCAUUUGUUACAUUGCUUUUGAAUAAAAAAGUUAUAAAAAAAAGUUAGAAAACAUCAAAGACACACACAGCAUCAACCCCCAAGUGAACACAGAGAAGGCCCAUGUCAGCAGGCCUGUCCAGGUGGCUCCCAGGAGAGGGCUUGACUGGGCCCGCCCAGCCACAUGUGACUUUGUCACCCACCGCCACUGCCCUGGUAGACAGACAGGUCUUUGGGCUCUUUGCUGAAAAGGUCUCAGACCCACAAUGGAAGACUUGGCUAGUUGGGUUUCUCCCCAUUUUACAGUGAGGAGGGAAACUUCUCGAACAAAGAUUCCUGAAAGUCCUCUCAACAAAGUGCAGGCGUGAACAGGAGCCUCCACGCAGAGCCCACCGGGGCUGGGUGGGUCAGCCUGCUGUGACCACUCCCCACGCAGCUGCCUGAACCGCAGUGACUGGCUCCAUGUGAUGUCUGCUCUGCUCCCAUGGGGCAGCGAGGUUCAAAGGCUCAGGUCUUCAGGACAGAAACGGGAGAAGGCAGGAUAUUCAGUCUCCUCAGGCGCCAGCUCAGCAGUGCUAAGCCAGCACAGCCAAUUUGAGUGUGAGGCUCAGGGGCCAUAAUCUUGGAGACCUGCUCCUCGGUCUGCUCUCCCGUGGGUGUCCACUGUCAUGCUCCUGUAGCCCCAUCAGGACGGUAUGGAUGGCAGGCCUGAGUGGCGCCAGGCGCAGGCACACACAGGCCUUCUCAGUCUGAGUCGGAAUCAGAGCUGGAGUUGGAAUGAUCUGAAAGGAAAGUAGAGAGUGCUGGCAAUAGUCCCUGGAGUGUGGGUAGGAGGGGGCACUGCCAGCAGGAGCCCUGGGCCCAGCUUCUCCCAUAGUGACAGGCUGGGCCUUGGGCUACAAGGGGAUAGGGCAGGCACUUCUCUUCAGCCCAAAGUCCAAAUGCAUCUUUCCCAGGACGUCCCUUCUCACCUGAGGAUGUCAGAGUUGUACAAUUGCACCCUUUUCUCCACCCCCAUUCAGCAGGACAAGGCAAAGACAACAAUUUCUUGUUCCUGAACUAAAAUACACUAGAAAAUGGACAAGCUUUUUGGUUGUUGUUUUGUAAAUGUAUUUUGUGGGUUUAGCUGUUUAUUUUAUAUUGUGAGAUGAAUAUAAAACAUUUUGUCAUGUUAAAGUCAAUUAGUAAUAUAACUUUAAAGACUCCUGGAAUCAUACCAUUAAAGAUUAUUCUGUAGAA